UUGGUGAAUUUUUUUCAACCAGGAGAGGUGGUACUUUAAAGACAUCCUGUUUUUCCAAAUAUAAAUACGGUGGGAGGCAUACAGUGUAUGGCGCACUUGGGAACUGUCUGGAUCAGACUUCAGUGAAGCCAUGAUCAUACGCUGGAGCGCCAUCUCAUUUGUGGGACUAGCGCUGCUAUGGUGCUUCACUUGGACAAAAGUUGGAGCUUGGUUGCCACCUGGACUGGAAGAGAGUCGACCAGAACUGCCUUACAUUCACCCUUACGAUCUGCGAAAAACACCUUAUCGAAGUCCAUCUCCGAGGCCUUCAUCCCCCCAACCAUCUCAGCAAGGACCACCUGCCUCCUCAGACGGUGUACUUCCACCUUACAUGGCUGCAGAGGCAAGUUCUCCUUUUUUAAACUCCGAAAAACCAAAUGUUCUUCCAUGGCUAUUUUUCAAACCUCCAGAAUCGCAAAAUCCUCCACCACCUUCUGAAGGCCAGCCAGAUCCACCAGGAUCUGGUUCGUAUGUCUACUUCAGACCCCCCAAUCAGCCGACGCCACCAAUUUCGAGACAUUCUUCAUCUGUGGACUCUUCAUUGGAGAAGCCUCCUGGCCUGGGCUAUGGGCCUUGGCUUAGUCCUCGUUACCCUGUCACGUACAACCCAGCUGUUCCUGGUUUAUCACAGUUGUAUCCUCCAGGGCUACAGCCACCAAGGAAUCACCGACUGCCCGUUAUUUACUACGAUUCCCCGUCACGUUUUCAGGGACCCAGUAAUCCAUCAACCCCAAAACCUGUGGAUCAGCUACCAAACUAUCCUUCGUUUUCUGGACCAUCUGUGAUCCAAGGUUCUGAGUCACCUGAUAGUUCUUUGUUACCCCCAAAACCUGAUAAUCCUCCAUCUCAUGGACUGCCAGGGCGUCAACUUCCCCAGCAAUCCGGUAAUCCUCCACCUGACCGCUCACCGAAGCCUUCAUUUUCUUUACCUGAUUAUCCUCCAAUGUUCCAAAUGCCUAGGAGCCUAAAUGAUCAAACUUCAGAACCACAAAGCGUGCUGCCUCGUGGAUUUUAUGAUCCAUAUUUUCCGCAGAUAUCUCAGCCACAGCCUCCUGGAAAACAGAUACCAGUCCCUCUCAAACCUGGUGUGAGGGACCCUAACUUCCAGAACUGUGACGUGCCAACAGUCCAAAGAAUCCCAUGUGGAGGCUUUGGUAUUACUGCCACUUCUUGUGAAACCAUGAGCUGCUGCUUCGAUGGCCGCAAUUGUUACUACCCAAAGUACCUUAUUACAAAGCCACAGCCUCCUGAAAACCAGACACCAUUCCCUGUCAAACCUGACCCUAAUGCCCAGACUUGUGAUGUGCCAGGAGUCCAAAGAAUCCCAUGUGGAGGCUUUGGUAUUACUGCCACUUCUUGUGAAACCAUGAGCUGCUGCUUCGAUGGCCGCAAUUGUUACUACCCAAAGUACCUUAUUACAAAGCCACAGCCUCCAGAAAACCAGACACCAUUCCCUGUCAAACCUGACCCUAAUGCCCAGACUUGUGAUGUGCCAGGAGUCCAAAGAAUCCCAUGUGGAGGCUUUGUACCUUAUUACAAAGCCACAGCCUCCAGAAAACCAGACACCAUUCCCUGUCGAACCUGA